GAGGACAAGUUAUAUUAUUUUCAUAUUAUUUUUUAAUCACGUCCUACUCUGAUGUGCGUGAGCGUUACCAUGGUAACGCUGCUAACCGUAGCUAUCCAACAAAGAACUUACUGCACGUCUACCCUUCAACCUCAGUACAGUCGGUCCAUGAAGAUUAAUUGAAAAAAAUAAUAGGAGCUGGUGAAAGAUUGAGAUGGCUAGUCAACCUCAAGACGAUAUUAUAUUAGCCGAUAAUGAUCCAGAAGUUAUCAUCCCUGAUGAAGACGAGGAGCCGGAAUCUCCUAUGCCUGGUUUAAAGCAAAGUUCAAGUAUGGAAUCAGUUCAUUCAUCUUGCACAAAUGACAGUGAUAGUCCUGAGGAGUUUGAUCGGGAGAUGGACUGUACUUUAGAUCAGAGGAAGGAAACAGCACGACUGAUCCAGCAGAUUCUAGAGUUACAAAAUACUUUGGAUGAUCUCUCCAAAAGACUUGACCAAAUCAAGGUGGAGAAUCUCAGAUUAAAAUCUGAAAAUAUGGUGUUGAAUCAAUACAUUGAGAAUUUGAUGUCGGCCACCAGUGUGUUCAACAACACACAAAAGGCUAAGAAGAAGUAAACAGUUAUUAAUAAUGAUUCCAUUUAAAUCUAGUCAUUAUACUUUUAAAUUUAGUUUUUUUAAAACUAAAAUAUUCUGACAAAUACUAUUUACUUUAAUGAAUCUUUAUAUAUAUAUUAUUUUGUCAGAUGUGAAUUCGAAUUUAUUGUGCUAAAUACCUCACAUAUAAUUGUCUGGUCAAUGAGUAUGAACAGGCUCAACUGCAAAGAAUUAUCUUAAAUUUAUAUAUUGGAAUAAAAUUAUUUAUAUUUCAUGCAGAAAAAGAUGUUUGCAGUUGUAUAUAAGUUUUUCUAUAUACAAUGGAACCUCGCUUAACGAGUUUAAUCCGUUCCAAAAUUUCC